GAGGCGUGUGUGUGUGACAAAAAAUAAAUAUAUAUAUAUUAAUGUAGACAUUGAAUACACAUUUAAGAAAGGGAUCACGAGCGGGGAAAAGGAGGACACCUCCAGGUCGCUGCGUGGAGACUAAUAAAUGUCGCUCUCCGUUGCCGGUUUAACUCCAGAGCUCGGCCAUUCAGCGAUGGGAUGUGGGAGAUCGGCUCAGCCCCCUUGCAGCUGUUCAGGGGGCCUAGGAUAGGACCAGGACAUCGGGCAGAUUCGUUGGUUUUCCGCCCGGCGUCUGGCUGCCAAGCGAUCAGUGCGCGAAUGCGCUCGGAGACGCUGGAGACGGCAGCCCACGGAGGAGCGUCUUUAAGGCCCAAAGUCCGCUUUUGUCCGUCGUCGCGGUAGCAGAUCGAUCUUCUUACAGCUCCGCGAAGCGGAUGGAGUGAAACCGUGCCAAAAGAGGAGGGGGUAGUCAAGACUGCAGCUCGGUUGCGUGUGAUGAUAGGAGACACAAUGACGCUCCUGUCUCUUCUGGGUCGGAUCAUGCGCUAUUUUCUCCUCAGGCCGGAGACGUUGUUCCUGUUGUGCAUCAGUCUGGCGCUGUGGAGCUACUUCUUUCACACCGACGAGGUGAAAACCAUCGUCAAGUCGAGCCGGGAUGCCGUGAAGAUGGUGAAGGGGAAAGUGGCGGAGAUGAUGCAGAACGACCGCCUGGGAGGCCUCAGCGUCCUGGAUGCGGAGUUCUCCAAGACGUGGGAGUUCAAGAACAACAACGUGGCCGUGUACUCCAUCCAGGGCAGGAGGGAUCACAUGGAGGACCGCUUCGAGGUGCUCACCGACAUCGCCAACAAGAGCCACCCGUCCAUAUUCGGGAUAUUCGACGGUCACGGCGGGGAGGCUGCAGCUGACUAUGUGAAGGCCCACCUGCCCGAGUCUCUGAGGCAGCAGCUGCAGACCUUUGAGAGGGAGAAGAGGGAGAGCGCUGUCUCUUACGCCAGCAUUCUGGAGCAGCGCAUCCUGGCUGUGGAUCGGGAGAUGCUGGACAAGCUCUCCACCAACCACGAUGAAGCAGGUACAACAUGCCUGAUGGCGCUGCUGACAGACAGAGAGCUCACAGUGGCCAACGUCGGAGACUCUCGCGGGGUGUUGUGUGACAAAGAUGGGAAUGCUGUGGCGCUGUCGCACGAUCACAAGCCAUAUCAACUUAAAGAGCGCAAGAGGAUCAAGAGGGCAGGAGGUUUCAUCAGUUUUAACGGAUCCUGGAGAGUUCAGGGAAUCCUGGCUAUGUCUCGUUCCCUGGGGGACUACCCCCUCAAGAACCUCAACGUGGUCAUCCCUGAUCCAGACAUAAUGACCUUUGACCUGGACAAACUGCAGCCGGAGUUCAUGAUCCUAGCAUCUGACGGUCUCUGGGACGCCUUUAGUAACGAGGAGGCGGUGCGCUUCGUCCGCGAGCGCCUGGACGAGCCUCACUUCGGUGCCAAGAGCAUCGUCCUCCAGUCGUUCUAUCGCGGCUGCCCCGACAACAUCACAGUCAUGGUGGUGAAGUUUAAAAGCGGAGCUGGGGGGAGUAGCAAGGCCGGUGAGUAGGUCGGCGGAGGGGUUUAGGGCUCACACAGAGUGAACUGUUUUCCCCCUUAUGUGGAUGCAGCAGGAAGAAACAGGAAAGCUGAGGAGUAUCACACAUUUCCUCACAUGUAAAAAUAAAGCUAUUUUUUUUGUGUCAGUUGAUUCAGAAAAGGACGUUUAAACUUACUAUAACUAACCUGUAUAUGAAUGAUCACUUCUUUAAAAAAAAAAAAAAAAAAAAAAAAAACAAUUGCAGAACUACUACAGAUUGGGGGGGGGGGGUAUUAACCAGCACAUACCAGAUUGUGACUGCUUUACUCCUGUUUACUUUAACUUGCACAUGGAUGGUACAGUUCCACUGGAAGUUUUAAGGAAAAUCUGUGUUACUAUGGGAAGGUGCUAAAAAUGCAACGCAAAAAAAAAAAAAAAACAACACCAUCUAGCUUCUGACAAUAUGAUGAUGCUCUGUAUUGUUGUUUGUAUGUAUUUCUUUUUUUCCUUGAACAGAAGUCUUUUGUCACAUACAACAAGGCUGCAGUGGAUCCAAUAUUUUUAAUUAACUUGAAGCAAUGCUCUACACGGAUCUAACCUUUGAGUAUACCUAACUUGCCCCCUGCAUACUUGAAUGGUUCCUGUUUAGUGUUGAAACUCUCAGCCCUAGCAUGCAUUCAGCAUUAAUGCAUUCUGAACUGCAUGGAUUCUAUAAGUAAGCUAUAAACACAUCUAAUAGGGUGUUGGACUACACAAUGCACUGGCUGUGUGGGCCCGUCUUCACUUAUUGAACUCUUAAGAAGCACAUGUUUCUACAUCUGUAAGCUGUCUUCCAAAACGUAGAGUCAAAAAAAAAAGUGUAACUGAGGAAACUGAAGCCUCUUGGUUGAGAAUUGUGGUUCAUUGUAUUUUUUUAAAAGAUAAUUUGUAAUUGGUUAUUUUAAUAAUCUUAAGUCUUUCCUCCUGUUAUGUAAUGCAAACUUUGACCAAACUUGUACAACAGUUCUGCUAUUGUGUGUCGAAUUUGUUUCAAAGGCAUACAUAGACAGAGAAAUAAUCCUCUGGCAUCCUCUUGUGCUAUACAGCUGAGUGGAAAAGAUACAUUCUGAUCUCCAAUUAAACCAGGCAGCCACAGGUUUUAUGUAGAUGUAAAAAAAAAAAAAAAAAAAAAAAAAACUGGUACUAGCCUCGCAGCCUUGAAAUGCUAUAGAGUCAAUGCAAGUGCUGCUAAAAUGCCGCAGGAAUGACCCGAUGAUAACGUCUCAAGUUACAACAUGCAGACGCUCUGUCUGUGCUGAUGAAGAUUUGCUCACCUCGAAUGAAUCCUUCAAGGGCAAUCUAAUUCAUUCGACUAAAACAUAUUCUACCACUUGAUGGCACUUGUGGAACAUUUAUACAUGAUUGUGCUUUUUAUUCUUAGAUGGACAAGAAAAACAUAAAAAAAAGUGAGGGUGCCAUUUAACAAAAUGAGGGUGAAUCAAGGAACAUGCAUACUACAUACAUGUGACAAGACUUGACUUUUUUCUAAGAUACACUGAAUUACUACAUGUUCAGAGCCACGUAAAAUGCAUCUUUAGAUGCAUAUACAUACAGUAUGCGGCAGAAUAGGAAAAAACAUUACAUAAACUUUAGAUUAAUCUGAAUGUCCAACAUUAAGUCUUGACACAAUGUUCAAACAUGAAAAUGUUGGUUGUUUUGUGCCAGUACAUGCACGUUUGGGCUGUUGCUUCUAGCUAAUGUUGAUGUUGCUGAUUUUCCUGGAAGCGACCACUAAAUUGCAUUAGAAGCGGAGCUGAGAUCAUCAUUGUAAAUGGGUUUUUCUGUGAACACGCUUUUAAAGGUUACCGUAGAUUGUUCUCUCUGUUAUUUUCCUUUCAACAAUGACCCCUACAUGAAAAUAACAUUUGCUUUUACAAAAUGGCUGGUUUUAGCUUUUUUUUAUCUUAAAGCUAUCUUUCAAGUCUGCAGAAGGUGGGUGGUACUCAAAGAUAAAUUAUGGAUGAAAUGGCAAGUUAAUUUACGAAACAGAUAUGCACACAAAAGCUGGGGAAACAAAGCGCUAUUUCAAAGUGCUCAUGAUAUCAAACCAGUAAUUCUGACAUAUCGGUCAAUAGUAAAACUAUCCUUAAUAGUAUUAAAUGGUUUUGAUGUUUGUAAAAUCUGUUUUAGUACCUGAAAUUUACAUCUUUUCAAGGUUAUGGCGCUAAUGAAAGUGGACUUUUUUUGUCAUCAUCUGCAGCAGGGCAUGUGCUUUGGCUUGUUAAUGAACAAAGUACUGUACUUUAGAUGUUUAUCACAGGGCGCUGGUUUUGAGCGGAUAAGCGCACGAGACUUUAAAACAAAUGAGAAGAUGACUCAUCGUGAACUCUUUGCCUCAGAAGGGAAUGCUGCUGGUAAUAAGUCCGAGAUGAUCUCGAAGCAAUACUUCAUGGGCAGCAGGCACACGUCGGAGAAUGUUCCAGUAAAGCACGCUUGAUUUACUACUGAUUUCAGUUCAGCUGUUACCACUGUGUACUAUGACCACGUCAUCAGCUGGGGGCAACAAUGAGAACUUGUUUUUUUUUUUUUUUUUCAAAAACGAUUAUUUACCAGUUUACCUGAUGCCUUAUUUAUUGAGUUUUGGGAUGUCUCUGACAGAUCGCCCAGAUCAGCAUACUGUAUGUUUAAUCUCUGUCCUUCUGUACUUCAGCAGAAGUUUACAAUAAAAACAUUUUACUCUGAAAA